AUGGAUGGACCGCCCUACUCUUCCUCUUCCUCCGACACCUCGUCGCCGUUCUCCUCGUCCAGCUCCUCGCCGGCGAAGCCCGCCACCUCGCCGGCGGUUCUCUCCAUCGAGUGCUUGAAAGGCAGCUCGCGCGGGGGCGAGUGGUCCGGCGACAUGCUCCAGACCGGUGACGUGGUGGAGGAGCUGCGGAUCGGGAACAUGGUCAUGAAAUCGCCCUUCAGAAACGGCAAAUCGGCGGUCCAAAAGAUCCUCCACGGUGCGUACAAGAACAAGGAGACGUCGAUCCGGGUCCGGGUCAGGCGGGGCUCCGACGAAUUUGCGGAGCUCCAGGCGUGCAUCGUGCCCGGGGACCAGUUCCUCGGCCGGAAGCAGUAUGUCCUGCGGGCGAUUGACGACCCGAAUUACGCUGUCGGGUUCGUGGACCGGACGGAGGCCGAGUGCUUCAAGUUGCAAGCUUCGAGAAGCAUACGAAUGGUGAGUGCACUGGAGCGGGCUCCACUCCAGGAUGGGUACGUCUCAUACCCAUGGGAACGUAAGAUGCACGAGAUGCUUGCCAUUCCCAGCUCAAGCAGCUUCUACUCCGUCCUCUUCCUCCCCAAGUCCUCCGACAAGGCUGGGACCCGCUACAACGACCUCGAGGACACACUUGCGCGUGCCCAUGCCUGGAUCAACGCGUCCCAGGAAUCGGGAGCACCAGUCGUCUUCAUGAGCGUUCAGACCGAGUCUCUGCUUACCAAGAUAUCCGGAGAAACGGCCUCGUCCACGGUUAAUGCAGGGUCAUUGGCGGACUUGUCCAACAUCGCAAACACGAGCUUGUAUGGUUUUGAAGACUACCAUGGUGUCGACAUUGGAGUCGUGAGAGCUGUUCGCCUCUGGUUCUCGCCUCUCGCGGGUGAGAUCCCCAUUCAGAUCAGCAUCAAAGACUCUGAUACAAAGCUCGGCUUCGCAAUCAGCCGAACAGCAGAGGGAUUCAUCCACAUAUCGUCUGUCACGAGAGGGGCCGUGGAUGGGCCAUCAGCCCGUUCGGGCCUGAGCCACUUGCAUGAGCAGGCGACGCGAAGCUCGCGCCUGCUGAUAGUGUCCCGGAUAGCAAACCAGAAGGUGCUCCCGUGGAUGGUCUCCACAACGGGCGCAAUCAGGUGUUUCGACACGGUCUCCCUCAGCCAGAAGCUUUCGUUGCACCGCCACACGCGGGUCCCAGUCAUCCUCCAUGUUUUUCUCUGGGACAGGAACGUGAGCCUCGCAGCAGAUGCCGACCGCGGCCUUGGAGCCCGGCCCACUUCAAGAGAUGAUGUUGGUUUGGAAACAGAUACGAAUGGAAGCCUGGAGAGUCGGGAGAUGGAGGGGGACUCGUCGAUCGAGAGCCGGGACAGUGAUAGUGGAAUGGAGCUUAGGUUAGAUAGGGACACGGCUGGGGAAUUUUCCUUCCGUUUUCUAGAAGACCGAGUGCCGCAUGGAGGGUCACGUAGCGCUGGUCUCUACGGCCAUCAAGGAGGUUACAAGAGGUCUCUAGAUCAGCUUGGGGCUGUCUGGGAUGUUUCGUAUGCGUUGGAGGCACCUUGGGACAAGCAAACACGUUGUAGAACUACCCGGAAGGGCCCAAAUGCACGUAGUGCACUCUGGAUGUGCCGGGAGCAUUCCGGAAGUGUUGGGGACAUUCCGGGCGUGUGGAGGGCAUUUCGGAAAGGUGGAGAGUGUCCCGGAGGUGUGCAGAUGUGUCUGGAAGCGUGUAGAACGUUGCAGAGCCUUGGAGAAUACAUUCUAGAGCCUUGUGGAACAAUUCGGAAGCUUGUAGAAAUUUUCAGAAGCUUGGAUAACGUCCCGAAACAUUGUGGAAUGUUCCGGAAGCUUCAAGAACGACCUGGAAUAAUGGAAAACUCCGGAACCAUGUGGAAGGAUCUAGAAGCAUGUGGAACCUUUGGGAGUAAUGUGGAGUCUUUUAGAACCUUCUCAAGUAUUAUAGAGAAUUCUAGUAGGGGCAUGAACAUACUAGAACCUUGUAGUAGGAACAUAGCAAACCUGGGUGCGGGAGCACACCACCACGACCAAAGAAAAGAGGUGCCGGGAUCAAAGUCGAGCUCGCGUAGAGGUUUCGGCACUGGAUCAAGCUGUUGGGGAAAGGAGGAGAAGCUCGAACGGGUCGAGUUUAACUUCCAGACGUUGGAGACGCACGUCUUGGAAGAAAUGGAUUCCAUGAAGCCCACAAUCCAGGAGGGACUGAAGCGGCGCCCGUUGGCAGAGGAUCGUUUGGAUCACCUGGAGGACUUUGUCAAGGGUCAAUUGGUGGACCUUGUGACGGGCCUCCAAGCAAGCAUCGAGGGGAUGCGCGAGGACCUUGCAGUGUGCAAGCGGGUGAUCGCUAGUAGAGAGGCUAGUCACCUGAUGUCCUCUCCAAAGGUGGAGUGCCCGAAGCCAACCGGGUACAAUGGUGUGAUGGACGCCAAGGAAGUGGACAACUUUUUAUGGAGCAUGCAACAAUAUUUCGAAGGCAUCAGACUCAAGGAUGAGUCUACUAAGGUAUGUAUCGAUGUUCUUUACCUUUCCGAUACCGCAAUAUUGUGGUGGCGUCGGAAGCAUGCCGAUAUCGGUAGGGGCGUUUGUCGGAUUGAGUCAUGGGAUGACUUCACGAGGGAGCUCAAGAGAAAAUUUUAA